AUGACCGCCGUAUCCAGCGACAUAGCAACGACUGCCAGCCCCAUACCGCGCCCUUCGUUCCAUGGAAAAGCCAGACGACCACUAAAUACAUACAAGGGCAAAACAACGACACCGGCGCCUCGUGCCCGUAUCCUUCCUACCAUUCAACACGAGCACCGCGAAAUUGAGUACCACACGCGCAAGAUCCUGAAAUCAUCAGACCCAGACGAACAAACCAGAUACCAGAACCUGUUCAUCUGGGAACUAGCACGGCACAUUAUCGGCGAGGAACUAGUCAUCUACCCUGCCCUCGCCAAACACGUAGACGACGGCCAAAGCAGAGCAGACAAGCGCCGCAUCGAGCAUCAAACCAUCAAACAGCAGCUCAAUGCAUGCCAGGGACUUCAGGUCACGGAUCCACGCUUUGCGCCGACUCUCGAAGCCUUGUUGGAUGACGUGGAGUAUCACUUCAAGCAGGAGGAGAGCAGCGACCUCCCGGCGUUAGAGGAUGAGCUAUCUCAGGCAGAUAGCGAGGCGCUAACGAGCUUGUUGGAUCGCACGAAGAUGUUUGUGCCUUCUAGAUCACAUCCUUUGGCGCCGAGUAAGCCGCCUUUUGAGACGGCUGUGGGGCUUUUGACUGCGCCCGUGGAUAUGGUUGCGGAUAUCUUUCGAAAGUGGCCGCAUCCUUGA